AAAGAUGAAUGGGAUAUUAGCUUUAGUGAUUAUCCAGGUAUUUGUCACAUGUGUCCGGGCGAGUGACAAAGGUUUUUGGUAUGAAUAUCCAGCCGCUGAUGGCAUGAAUGAAGCCCUGCCUAUAGGUAAUGGACGGAUAGGUGGACUGGUUUAUGGACACUCGGAAAAAGAAAGAAUAAAUAUAAAUGAAAUAACUUUAUGGACGGGCGAUGACAACCCGUCCCAAAAAUAUGACGGCCCGGGUUAUGGGGAUUAUCAGACAUUGGGUAAUCUGAUCGUCGAUUUACCCGAACAUAAGGUCAACACUGAGUACAAGCGAGCGCUGGAUAUCGGGGACGCGGUUACGACCGUUCAGUACGAAUCACAUGGCGUUCAAUACAAACGCGAAUACUUUGUGAGUCACGUGUCGGAAGUAUUGGUCGGCCGGUUGACCGCCGAUAAGGGAAAGGCAUACACCGGACGCAUAGAACUGCAGGACUCGCAUAAACUGAUUGCCAAUUUGGUGAACAAUACGAUCGAAGUGAACGGAAAACUAGUGAAUGGAUUGCGGUUUGCGUGGAAAGUGUUGGCCCAACACACGGGCGGUACUCUCAAAGUGAACGGUUCGGUCAUUGAGUUCAACGGCUGCGACGCCUUGACUCUCAUUGUUAGCGCCGGUACUGACUAUGUGUUCGACGACCAGAAGAUGUUUAAGUCCGGUGAAGACCCGGCUAUUAAUGUCAACGCGUGGAUCGGGAAGGCCUCAGAAAAAUGCUACGAAACCCUACGGACGGAGCAUUUGUCGGACUUCCACUCGUUGUUCAACAGAGUGGACGUCGAUUUGGGUGAGUCGUCGGCACAACAGACGGCGUUACCGACCGACAAACGGAAGGUCGAAGCGGUCGCGACAUUCGAUCCGGACUUCGAGGAAAUGUUUUUCCAAUUCGGAAGGUAUCUCAUGAUAUCGUCGUCGCGAACGAGU